AUGUCGAACGGGCAACCCAGCCAGGGCUCCCCAGGAGGUUACAUACGUGGAGUGCACCCCAACGUCCCCGGGUUCACGUUCCCACCUGGUCAGCUUGUUGUUCAAGUACCGCAACAGCCUCAACAACCUCAAAUCAAUGGCAUCAUACAUCAACCUCCACCUCAACAACCCAACGGUUACAUGUAUUACACCGUCUUUUAUCACCCGGGAGGCCGGCGUUCAUGGUAG